AUGAUAUCGGUUCUCUUGCUCCUCUGGUGUGUCAAUUAUGGGGACAGUUACAACAAUUUUCCAUCUCUAAUUACCACCAACGCUACUAUGGCCGUCAUCAUCGAUAAAAGCUUCUUUGAUAACAAUGGCGACCACCGAAAUGUUAUGGGGGUGGUGCACGAUUUAAUCAUAAAUACUGUGAAAAAGGAGAUGCACAUAGGUGGCAUAGUUGUACGUAUUUUUCGUGAUGCGGAUGUCAAUCUAUGGCAAGGCUAUACAAUCCUUUUAUCUGUCGCGAGUUGCUGUAUAACGUGGCGCCUGCACGAGGUCGCACGAAAGGAAGAAUUGAUACAUCUCGCCAUAACAGAUCCAGAUUGUCCCCGAAUUCCAGAGACGGAUGGCAUGAGCAUGCCGGUGGUGGUGCCAGGAGAAGAGCUGUCACAGAUUUUUCUCGACUUAAGGAUGAUGAACAUUCUACCCUGGAACGUGAUUAACAUUCUCCACGACGAUACAUUCGACAGAGACACGAUCAGCAGAGUAAUGACAGCCAUCUCGGACAAGUUACCGAACAAGCAAGUGAACUUGAUCUCUAGAUCGAUUUUCACGUUGAAACACGAAACGACGAGAAGUGAAAGGAAAAGUUCGGUGAAGAAGACGUUGAACGAUUUCCACGUGGAACAACUGGGACAUUGUUUCUUAGUUAUUGCUACUGUCGACAUGAUUGCUGAUGUGAUGGGCGUGGCGAGAUCCUUGAAGAUGGUCCAUCCAGGUAGUCAAUGGUUGUACGUGAUCACCGACAGCGCGUCGAAGAAUAUGACCAAUAUGACGGCAUUCGUUGAUUUAUUGGCAGAAGGAGGAAACGUAGCCUUCAUGUACAACGCGACCAAUUUGAGCAACUACUGUGAAAUCAAGCUGAUAUGUUACGUGGAAGAAUUGAUUCAAGCACUGGCGAAAGCUCUUGAGUACUCCUUGACGAGCGAGAUUGAUCUGUUUAAGAGCAUGGAAGAGGAGAAGUUCGAGAUGAUCAGGCUAACGAAACGCGAGAGGCGAGCGGAACUCCUGAAGAAUAUUAGAAUACACCUUUCCCAAAACGCGUUUGCUUCAGAAGGUUUCUGCGGACGGUGCUUGUUAUGGAGAUUCUCCUCGUCCAUAACUUGGGGAAAUUUCUUUUCUCGUGGUAGAAACAUGGCACACCUGUUGGAUAUAGGCACAUGGUCACCUGGUUUCGGGGUAAAUCUAACGGACGUGAUUUUUCCUCAUAUCGCGCACGGAUUCAGGGGCACUAAUUUACCAAUUGCGACUUACCAUAAUCCACCAUGGCAGAUAAUUUCUGUGAGUAAAACAGGCCAAAAGCUAUACGAGGGAUUGGUAUUCGACGCGAUCAAUUACUUAGGCUCGAAAUUGAAUUUCUCUUAUACGGCGAUUACGCCGGAAGUGACUCGAAAUUCAAACUCUUGGAAUACCUCUCGGUACGCGAAGCUUGGCGAGAAAAUUAAAGAAAUGACUAUGUCGGCUACCAGAAAAGUGCCAAAAGAGGUGAUCGAUUUGGUGCGCGAGAGGGAGGUUCUUUUAGGUGCUUGCGCGAUCACUGUAAACGAAAAUAAGAAGGACGCGAUUAAUUUUACUGUACCUAUUUUCGUGCAGACCUACAGUUUUUUAACUUCCAGGCCCAAACAAUUGUCUAGAGCUCUCUUGUUCGCCUCACCGUUCACCAAAGAGACGUGGGCCUGUCUGGCGGUAUCCAUUAUCGUAAUGGGUCCGAUCUUGUACCUGGUUCACAAGUACAGCCCGUACAGCAUCAAGACCUCGGGCCUAAAGUCCUCGUUUCAAUGUGUGUGGUACGUGUACGGGGCACUUCUUCAACAAGGAGGAAUGUAUCUGCCGCAUUGUGACAGCGCUCGCAUACUGAUCGGCGUCUGGUGGUUGAUCGUGAUGGUCGUGGUAGCUACUUACUCCGGAAGUCUGGUCGCCUUUCUCACUUUUCCACGAAUGGACGCCUCUAUCCUAACCGUAGACGAUCUGCUCGCGCGUAAGGACGGAAUCACCUGGAGUUUUCCAAACGGUAGCUUCCUCGAAAUGUACAUGCAGGAGACCGACGAGCCUAAAUACCAUACUUUAUUGUCGCGCGCGGAAAGUCACAACGACACGGAGGAAGAGAAACUGGUGGAACGUGUGAAGGAUGGGAAACACGCUCUGAUCGAUUGGAGAAGUUCCCUCAGGUUCUUGAUGAGGAAGGAUCUGUUGUUGACCGGAGUCUGCCAUUUCUCGUUGAGUAUGGACGAGUUUCUCGAUGAACCUAUCGCCAUGAUCAUUCCACACGACAGUCCUUAUUUGCCUGUCAUUAACGCGGAAUUGCAUCGAAUGCUGGAGUCUGGGAUGAUGAAUAAAUGGAUCACGGAAAGGAUGCCGAUAAAAGACAAGUGCUGGGAAGUGCCAGGAAGCAAUCAGGCGGUAAACAAACGGAAAGUGAACGUCACCGAUAUGCAAGGAAUAUUUUUCGUAUUGUUCAUGGGCAUCAUACUGGCUUUCUUCUUUCUCUUUUGCGAGUGUUACUGUCAUAGACGCAAGAUAUCUAAGGAACGAAAAUUAAUUCAUCCCUUCGUCUCUUAAAUCUCGAAACAUUAAUAUUAAGAUGCAACGAAAAUAAAAUAGGAACAAAAUCA